UGUUGGGUAGAAAAACUGAAAGGACAGAACGCUGCACAUAACUCUUUUAUAAAAAAAAAACCAAAAAAAGGAAAAAAGGAAAAAAAAAGAUAGAAAAUAAAAAAAAAGAUAGUUAACUAUAAGAAUGCAACCCUGUAUAUAUGAAAUUAAAAGUCGUCUUUUUACUUCAAUCAAAAAUUUGUCGUUGAAAUAUUAUUAGACAGGAAAGACGUAUAAUUCAUAGAGAAAAAUUUUUUUUUGUUGUAUUCAAAUUGGAAAUUCUUUAUAGAAAAAUUUUCAGAAGCAAUUAGAACUUGAUACGAAUAAGUUCAGAUAUAAAUAAAAUAAAAAAUGUCUACUAACGAUAUACCUCGCAUUAUGGUAUUUCAGCCGACGUGGAAUGAAUUCAAAAAUUUCCCAAAAUAUAUAGCGUUUAUGGAGUCGCAAGGAGCGCAUAAAGCUGGAUUGGCAAAAGUGCUGCCACCGCCGGGAUGGUUAGCGCGUAAGAGCGGUUACGAUAAUUUGGAUGCAUUCAAUAUUACAAUAUCGAGCCCAAUUAGCCAAGUGACUACGGGUGAACCAGGCGCUUAUCAACAAUUUGUCAUAAAACAGAAACCGUUGACACUUGAACAAUUUGCAGUAUUGGCUAAUACCGAACGUUAUCGGACCCCAAGUCAUCUUGAUUAUGAAGAUUUAGAAAGAAAAUAUUGGAAAAAUAUAAUUUACUUACCUCCGAUUUAUGGAGCUGGCGUUAGUGGUAGUAUAACAGAUACCGAUCAGGACUAUUGGAAUAUUAAUCGUUUGGGUACUAUACUUGACUAUGUUAAGGAAGAUUAUGAUAUAGAGAUUGGUGGUGUUAACACUGCUUACUUGUAUUUUGGGAUGUGGAAGACUACCUUCCCGUGGCAUACCGAAGACAUGGACUUAUAUUCUAUAAACUAUUUGCACUUUGGUGCACCAAAAGCUUGGUAUUCGGUGCCACCAGAACAUGGUCGUAAGUUUGAAAAAGUAGCAAAUCAAUAUUUUAAGUCCACUUACCAAAAUUGUAACGCUUUUCUAAGACAUAAGAUGACUUUAAUUAGCCCAAAUAUACUUAAACAGCAUGGUGUACCGGUAAAUAAGAUCACCCAACAGAAGGGUGAAUUUAUGAUAACUUUUCCAUUCAGUUAUCAUGCGGGUUUCAAUCACGGUUUUAAUUGCGCUGAAUCAACGAAUUUUGCAAUGGAGCGCUGGAUUGAAUACGGCAAGCAUGCCAGCCAAUGUACGUGCAGUGCCGAUAAAGUCAAAAUAUCGAUGGAUACUUUUGUCAAACGCUUUCAACCGGAACGCUAUCAAAGCUGGCUUGCUGGCACCGAUUAUGGUCAACACCCUGAAUUUUCACCUAAAAAACCAAUACCAACUUCUCGGUUAUCCUUAUCCUUGGAUGCUAUAGAUAAUAAAUGUAAUGAGAAUGCUCAU